AUGAUUUCACCUACUCCAUCUCAGAAUGAGGUAAUCAAAUCUCCAUAUGUUGCUGGAACCACUAUUAAGGUCAUCGCUGGACCUGGUUCAGGCAAAACUAUUACGCUCAUGCUGAAAGUGCGGGAGCUGAUCACGCAGGGAAUUGUGAAGCCAGAGGAAGUGCUAAUCCUAUCCCUUACAAACAAGGCUGUAGAUAAUGCUGUGCAUAAGCUUUUGGAUGUGUUUAGCGGAUUGAAUGGAUCUGGUGGCGAAAAUGAUCAAGAUUAUGUUACUUCUUUGGUGUCACAGAUCGAUGUUUCCACAAUCCAUGGACUUGCAAACAGGGUGGUUGUAGAGAACGAAGGCCUAAUUAAUAUCAUUGAAGAAAAUGGCUGGAGAGGCCUUUUAAAGCUUAUCCCGCCUACUGUUCUGAAGAAGUAUCCUUCUAACCGACUUGGAUCUGCGCUCACUCCUAAAGUAUUUGAGCGAUUAUUUCGGGAAUACCAGGUUGGUGGCAAAAGAAAGAGCGAGGAUACCACUAUGGAACAUAUCUUAAACAUCAUGAAGGGAUCUAAAGUAGUAACCGUUGAUGAACUUAUUCUUUUAGCAACCAAAUAUUUGGGGUCGGCUAGAGAACAGACAAACUCCACUUCCCCAUUUACUCUCGAUUUACUUCAUAAGCAUAAAGUGGUCUUUGUUGACGAGUUCCAAGACCUGUUCCCGUCCUUGUUGCCGUUUCUUGAGAGCAUAUGUAGGGAUAAACAACUUAUUAUGUUUGGUGACCCGCAUCAGAGCAUUUACGGGUUUUUGGGAGAUAAUAAAACAUUAAUGCGGUCCUUGGAAAGAGCCCGAUCUUCCAAGAAAAUGGAGACUUAUUAUAUGCGGGAUAAUUUCCGUUGUACACCUGAAAUAAGCAAACUUUCCUCGUGUCUAAAAAGUGGCGUAUUCGGGAGUACUGAUAAGGAUCAGGCAGGUUUUUCAAAGCCUCCGAUGGGUCUCCCACCUUUAGCGUUCCAUACCAUGGAUCCUGCUGAAGAAUUGGAAACUGUCACUGAUAAUAUAUGCCAAUUAGUGAGCCAUUCUGUCAAGUUUUCCGACAUCGCUGUUCUCACCAGGACUAAUGCGCAACUAAAAACCGUAGGGGACCAUCUGAAGUCUUAUGGUAUACCGUUAGAGAAACUGACCGCUCAACCAGAUUGGAUGACAGAUAAGAAUAUAAGAUAUUUCGUUGACCUUUUGAAGGUUUGCAUAUUAGUCAACAAAGAAGAAUUUUUGGAAGUUGAAGCUACUCGCACUAUAAACUAUCAAAGCGACUUCAGUAUUAUUGUGACACUCAGCGCCUUGAAAGGUAUUAGCAACCAGGCAAUUCAAGCUCUGUUCACUGAGGCUAAGAGCUCGAGUACUUCUCUUUGGCAGAUUAUAUCCAAAGAGGAAAAUUGGUCGAUUCCUGUAGCGAACAAGAAAAAAAUAAAGAACUACGUUAACAAUGUUAGGUUGCUUAAGGAACAUUUGAGAGCGAAUUCGUAUUCAGAACCAAUUUUUUUGAUCGCACAGCUAGCUAAAACUGCUGAUAGCAUCGGUUAUUCUUUAGAAGACAUUAAGAGCCCAGAGUCCAUUGAAACGUUCAAAGACCACUUAACCGAAAUGUUAACAGUCCUUAAAGGUUGUGCGCUUACCAGGCCAGAUAAUGUACCUUUGGUUAACUGGUUUUUAGAGACUCAUUUCGAUCAAAGUGCCUCACCAAGUCAGUACUUGAAUCAGAAACAUGGACAUGGUCUUGGAAGUGUGAAACUUUCAACCAUUCAUUCUUCUAAGGGACUUGAAUUCCCGGUGGUGUUUUUACUUGGAGGCGGCAAUUCAGAUUUUCCGAUAGAGAAAAAUGCUCUCUAUGUGGGUAUCACAAGAGCCCGCAACAUUUUAUACCUGGGUAAUGUCAAGAGCGCUCUAAUUUCGUCUUGCGUCUCCACUAAAACUGCGGAGAUGCUCAAAAAUGAAGGUAUUUGGAAGUACUACAAUUUGGAUUUGGGAAGGCCGUACACUUCGAGGCCAACAUCAAUUCACUCAAGGUACAAUCUUCUGAACAAUAAAUAUGGACUUAAAACAUCAUCGAGGGCUUAUGCAACUUUAGCUGUACGUGCAUCGCAUAUCUUGAGAUACAUAAUUAAAUAA